AGCUGGAGUGAUCAGAGAGUUCAGCAGCUUAGAGAGAACAGGAGCAGCUGAUUCACGCUUUUAGCGAUUUUCUAUCGUUUAAAGGAUGUUUUAAGGAAUGAGGAGCGCAGGAACAGAACCGUCUCCUUCCGCAGAACCGAGUUAAGCUCCGAACCGAGUCAUGGAGGAUCUGGCCGGGCUUUCUGAGCUGGAUGAGAACAGCCUGCUGGAGUCUCUGACCGGCCGCUUCGACCACAACCGCAUUUACACGUAUAUUGGGGAUAUCCUGGUGGCAGUGAACCCGUUUAAGCAGCUCCCGCUGUACGAGAAGGAGGUGUCGGAAAGAUACAAAUGCCAUGAGAAAAGUUCUCUACCUCCCCAUAUAUUUGCAGUAGCUGACCGAGCGUACCAGUCCAUGCUGGGCAGACUGGGAACCGGGCCCAAAAACCAGUGUAUCGUUAUCAGCGGAGAGAGUGGCACCGGGAAGACCGAGAGCACCAAGCUGCUGCUGAGGCAGCUGAUGGAACUGUGCCGAGCCAACUCCCAGCUGGAGCAGCAGAUCCUGCAGGUGAAUCCUCUCCUGGAGGCGUUUGGAAAUGCUCAGACCGUCAUGAACGACAACAGCAGCCGGUUUGGGAAAUACAUCCAGCUACGCUUUCAGAACUCUUCAGUGAAAGGAGCUAAAAUUAACGAGUACCUGCUGGAGAAGUCGCGGGUGGUGCAUCAGGACGAGGGCGAGAGGAACUUCCACAUCUUCUACUGCAUGCUGGCUGGAAUUUCUCCUCAGGAUAAGGAGAUGUACGGCCUGCUGGACCCGACUCAGUACCGGUAUUUGAAUGGGCGCUUUGUUCAGGAUGAUAUGGUGAAGCACUGGAGCGCCAAGUACAGUGAAGUAUCCAACGCCAUGGAUAUGGUGGGCUUUGAGGAACAGGAAAAGGUGGACAUGAUGACCAUCCUCGCAGGUAUCUUGUCUCUGGGGAACAUCACGUUUGAGGUGACGGACAGCGAUGCUCUGAAAGUGGCGGAUAAGUCUCAGGGUUGGCUCAAAGCUGCAGCGGGUCAGCUGGGGGUUCAGGAGGAGGAGCUGCUCCGGUGUUUGACGUGUACGAUGACAGUGACUCGAGGCGAGUCCAUCUACCGCCUCCACAACCAGCAGCAGGCUGAAGAUGCCAGAGACUCGAUCGCUAAAGUGGUGUACGGCAGAGUGUUCGGCUGGAUCGUCAGCAAAAUCAACGAGCUGCUCUCCCACAAGCUGGACUGGGACGUGGAGCUCAGUGAAAUCGGAAUUCUGGAUAUCUUUGGUUUUGAGAAUUUUGCCGUGAACAGAUUUGAGCAGCUCUGCAUUAAUCUGGCGAACGAGCAGCUGCAGUAUUUCUUCAACCACCACAUCUUCCUAAUGGAGCAGAAUGAGUAUAAAGAGGAGGGCAUCCAGUGGGAGACCAUCACCUUUAAAGAUAAUAAACCAAUCCUGGAUCUGUUUCUAACCAAACCCAUCGGGAUCCUCUCCCUGCUGGACGAGCAGAGCGCCUUCCCUCAGGCCACAGACGGAAACUUUGUGGACAAGCUGAACAGCAAAUUCAAAGCCAAUCCCCACUUUGAGGUGGUCCGGAGCCACAGCCCCCUCUUCACUAUCGUACACUACGCCGGGAAGGUGCAGUAUAACGCCAGUGGCUUCCUGGAGAAGAACCGAGACAACAUCCCUGCCAACAUCCGCACCCUGUUCAUCAACAGCGUCACCCCCCUGCUCAGCGUGCUCUUCUCCGCUACAAUAUCCAGAACGGGAACACUGAUGCCCCGGAAAGCAAAACUGCAGGUUGUGGACGACAACUUCAACUCCACCAGGAAGCAGUCUGUGGGCGCGCAGUUUAAGCACUCUCUGGCCGUGCUGAUGGAGAAGAUGUUCGCAGCCAGUCCGCACUUUGUGAGAUGCAUCAAACCCAACAGCAGUAAGCAGCCGGAUCAGCUGGACAGUAAGCUGGUGAUGGAUCAGCUUCGCUAUAAUGGCUUGCUGGAGACCAUCCGCAUUCGGAGAGAAGGUUUCUCCUGGAGACCCUCUUUUAAAGAGUUUGCACAGAGGUACAACAUCCUGCUGCUGAACCCAGACCUGCCUCUGGAUAAAGAAAGCUGCAUUUCCAUCCUCAACACCACAGAGCUGCGUGGCUGGAAAUGCGGAUCGUCCCGCUUGUUUUUUAAGUACUGGCACCAGGAGGAGUUGGCUCGUCUGCUGGAGCGGCUGGGGAAGGCAGCUGUCGUCAUUCAGAAGAAUUUCCGGGCGAUGAGCUGCAGGAGGAGGUACCUGGCGCUCCUGGCGGAGGUGAGGAGGCAGCGGCAGCUCCAGCGGGAGAGAGAGGAGCGGGAGGAGGAGGAGAUGAGGAGGAGGCAGAAGCUUCUAGAGGAGGAGGAGGAGAAGAGGAAGAGGCGUCUGAUUAUCGAGCAGGAGAACAAGAGACCGGCUCCUCCCCCUGUUCCUCUGCCCAGGAAGAAAAAGCCUGAGCCCAGACCUCGCUCUAUACUGACCGGCCCCGCCCAGUCCUCCCCCCUGGCACCUGUACCCCGACCUCGCAGCAAACAGUUUGAGGCCACUCCGUUUGAUAACGACCUGCAGGUGAACAGUGAUCUGAUAAACCUGCUGGGUCAACCUGAGAGUGAAGAUUCAGCUAAAGAGAGGCGGAGGAGGAGGAGCAACACCCUCCGCUGGUUUAAAGAGACUCAGGCCCGAAAAGUGGCUCGAAACGGGACCUUCCCCUGCUGGUUCCACGGCAUGAUCACACGCAGGCAGGCUGAAGAUCUGCUGAUUGAUAAGCCUCAGGGCUGUUUCCUGAUUCGAGUCGGACAGAGCCGAGAAGGAUAUACACUUUCAUACAGGGGUGCUAACCGCUGUCGACACUACAUGAUCGAGAUGCAGAGUAAUGGGAAGUAUGUGAUUUUGGGGGAGGACCGGGCGCACGCCGCCCUGCCUGAUCUGGUUCAGUACCACACCCAAGUGGGCAUCAAGCCGUUCAUGGAGAUUCUCACGAUGCCAUGCGGACAGCAGUGUGAUCAUGAGCCGGAUUAUGAGGAGCUGCAGGCGGUGAUGGCUCCGGCCCGGCAGAACAGCAGCAGCCUGGACCCCGGCGAGGACAUCUACGAGGACCCGGACCACGUCCACCUGAAAAUGCAGAGGCUCUUCCUGCCCCCGGGGCAGAACCCGGGCCUGGAGGCCCACAAGCCCCCGGUGCUGAAGCGCGCGUCGGACCGGCGCCGGCGGCAGGAGGCCGCAGAACCGGAGUUCAACCAAGAGGAAGAUCCAGAACACAAGGGCCGACCCGUCCCCCGCCUUUAUCCUUCCAUCCGCCUCGCCAUGCGGGAGAUCCAGCAGAUCCAGCAGCAGUUCUCAGCCAGCCAGGACCAAACGGCCCCGCCCCCCCACAGGCCCCGCGGACCCUGGAGGAAGAAAGAUCCCUAACCAGACGGGGGGAUGACGCUCAGACCGUCUCGCUGCUAAUUAUUGGAAAUGUGAACGGCAGAACCGAACCGGCAAGGGUUAAAUCAGAUUCACGGAACAGGACUUGAACAAACCGAGGAAAACUAACUGACUCCUCAUCAGCAUCAGGGGAAUUUUAGGCCUUUUAAUGUUUUUCUGUUAGUUUUUAUGUGUUUUUUCAUUUUAAAUGGUUAUUUAAUUUGUAAAUUAUGUUGUCAUGUGAUAUAUUUUAUGAUGUUCCUGUUUUUCUGGAGUGUUUCAAUAUGUAAAUUAAUGCAGCACGUUUUUUAAAAAUUGUCAAGUCAUCGCAUUUAUCUUCAAUUUGUUUUAAACUGGUUUACAACAUGAAAUAAAAAACAGUGCAUAAAUUAUUUCACCCUAUUUAGCAGAAAGAUGCACAGGUAAUUUAUAAGGUAAUUAAUAAGGUAUUUAUGAAUUAAUUGGUUAAAUAUUAGUUUUAUGGUUAGAUUUUAGAUUUUAGCAUCACUAAACACCUAAAAGAGGCAAAGAUAGUUUUGUUUGCAGAAAUAUAGAUAAUAUAAUACGUUUAUUAAUAUAAUAGAAUUGCUAAUUGGUAGCCGAAAAGUAGUGCUUAUUCAGCAGAAAGAGCAAGAAAUAUUGAACAUCUACAGAUUUAUUAAUAUUCUCUCAUUUUGAACAUAUAUAUGUUUAAUACUUGAAUCCUCAAGUGCUUGAAGUGGCUUUUCAGACUUAGACACUGAGGAUUGGCAUCAGCAGCCGGAGUCCGAGAGAGUACAGCAUUGUGAUGCUGAGUACCAGAGCUUUAAAGUGAAAAUGACAGGAUUUUGUUUAGAUAACAUUGAUCGUUAUCUGCAGUUACUGAGCAUAUCAAUUUAAAAUAAUGAAAGCAUCAACGCAACAGUAGAUUUACUAAUGAGAAAAUGUGAAAAAUAAUCUGUAAACCGAAGCUUAACAACAGGGAUUCUCAAACUGUGGUACGUGUACUACUGGUGGUAUGCAAAUCUCAAGAAACAAAUAUAGAAAACUACUAUUUAAAAAUAUGUAUUAAUCGUUUAACCUUUUCAACAUCCCAGCAGGUAAAGCACAAUACAUGCAUGUACCUCAGCAGUGCUAUUCUUAUCAUGAAUUUAUUCCAGUAGUUCUCCUUAAAUCACAUGUGCGUGAAGUUUACUAUCCUAGUCCUGUACAGCAUCUUUCCCUCCCUCCCUGCAGAGAAUCACUGAAUGAAGUUGAUUUAUUUUAGUCAUUUAAUUAGUUGAUCAUUCAAGAGUGAUUUUAAUUCAAGUGUUUAUUACUGAUAUUCCACAAACCAGGUCAAAUUACAUUGAAUACAAGAAAUAAACACUUAAAAUAGA